AUGAGCUCCCCAGAUGAGGUGUCAGCCCCUGAAGUCAGUGGUGACAAGGAUGUCCCGUCUACCGGGGACAUGAAUUCCCAGGAUAUGGCGUCUGCGCCUGAAGCUGACUUGGGCCAGGAGGGCAGGGAGCACUUAGGAGACACUCUGAUCAACCCCAGAGUUCCAGAGGGUGAAAGCCUCGUCCAACGUCCUCUGGAGAUUAGAGAGGGUGAGGGCGGCCUGCCACGUAUUGAAAGCUGUGAGUUGAAGUCUGGGCCUAAGUUUGAAGCAAGAGAAGUAGAAGAAGGGGUGCUUACGGACCCGGCAGGCCCGACCAGUUCCCCCGUGGGCCAAGAAGAAGGCGGAGAGGUCAGCGGGUACUUCUUGCCCCAGCUCAGUAUUGAGGCUAUGACUAUAAUGAGAGAGCUGACCGACCUACAGGCCCGAAAAUUCUGCAGGUACCCGUCCCCACAAAGCUGUGCCGCUGAACUGACUGCCCUUUGGAGUAGUAUAGGUGAAGGCUCCAACAGAGGUGCAGAGCCCGUGAGCUCUGGAGAAGGGAAGCAGGUCUCUACAGGCUCACUGUACCCUAGGGGCCUGGGGCGAAGCAGAGCCUGGGUGACCUCGAGAAGAGGCACCACAAGUAAGAUGGUGCGCAGUGAAGCUGUCCAACGGUCCACCUCAAAACCUGCUUCUGAUGAGUCCAGUGAUUCACAGACGAUGAAGGUGACCAUUUGCCUCAAAGAAGGAAACCAGGCCAAGUCCAGUGGCCGCACUGAGCUGGAAGACUCAGGCAAACACACAAAUGUCCAAGGCAGGGGAAGAUUCGUCCAUGUGCCCCCCUCUGUACUGUCCAGUGCUACCCGGAGGUUCAGCGCGGGCCUGGAAAAGCCAGUUUCAGGGGAGCCGGAAGGCUCUCUGUGUAAGAAAAGGCAAAGUAUGGUCUGGGGCAAAGAAGGGAGCAGACCAGGCUACCCAGGAGCUUCUGCUGCCUCUGUGUCUACUGCUGCAGCCAACUCUGCUGCUGCCCCUGCUCCUGUUGCUUCAGGUGCUUUGCCCAAGACCAAUACUAGAAAGAAGACAGCACAGGAGAAGAAGUCCUUGUCAGAUGCCUCAAGAGGACCCCUGGGAAGAACCUUCCCACCUUGGGGGCAAAGACUCAAGUCAGCUCCUGUAGAGCCAGCUACCCUGCCCCCAAUCUCUGGGGUUGCUCUGAUAGGGAAGACCAGUAAAAACUCACUGCCUUCAGGACCCAAAGACUGCAAGCCCUUCUGCACUGGGAAGAGAUCCAUGGCAAGGAAGACAAAGGAAUCCCAGCCAGGGGCCAAAGAAGAUGAUGACCAAACCAGAAAUCCUGGCUUGCAGGCCCAACUUCCAACACACAGGGCAGAGCAACCUUCCACGUGCACGAAUCAUAGAGAAAUGACCAGUGGAGAUGCCAACUUCAGAGCACCCCAAGUUCCAGGAAACUCCCAGCUCUUGACCUUGAGCCAGAGAAGUUCCAGAUCCAGAGGACCUGCACAGGCUGGUGAGCAGGAGUUGUUCAUACGUUUUCCAUUCCCAGUUGGCGAGAGGCAAUAUCAAGCACCAGAAACAAUGGGCUGCCAACAGUGUCUGAUGUUGCAGAAGGAAAUAGAGGAACUCAAGGAACAACUAGCCAUCAUGCAGGCCCUCAACGAAAAGUUCCAGGAUCUCUGA